AUGCCGCCACCAUCACUUCUGCAGCUCUGCACGGCGACUGCGAUUAGGAACGUGAAACAAUUAAAUGAUAUUGGCAACAUUCCCUAUGUACUCGCUCGUCCAUUUCUACUGAAAGUGGAGAGUCCUGAGAAACUGAGAACUCUGGAAUUACAGUCCCCACAUUUGAUGCGAGAUGACGAGGAACUCUGGCUGGAGUUCAUCAAAAGAGAUAUCCCGCGAUGGGACGAAUACGAUCUGCCUGAGAAACCCGAUUGUUGGUAUGACGUAUAUUGUGACCUCCGGGAACAAGUCCAACGGGCAGUGGAAGAGGAUGCUGAAAAGCUGAAGAUGGCUUUAGAUGGCAUCAGCUCGGAGCGCCAGGAAAAAAGUGCCAAAUUCGUUACCGAUCGUCGAAUCAUCGGUCUCCCCCGAGAGAGGCCGACCGCGAGGCAACGAUAUGCUUCGUACGAUCGGAGACUGGGCGGCUCGCCGACGUCGUCAUCUUCCAUGACCCCCUGGGCUUUUGGUAGGCCAAGAGAAACAAAGAAAAAGAACAGCAUAUUUACAGCAACAAAGAGGAAUAAUGUUCUUACUGUGCCAACAAAGCACCUUAAUAACAGAGCUUCCCAGGUCAGACAGGCUCCGCGGUCUCUGAUCGAGGACCAUAUACGUCCUGCUGAGCCCCCUGUCGCUCGACGAAAGGAGGCUCCAGCUCUGAGAGCGCCCGGUCGGUUACGGCCCCAGAUGAGUGCUCCCUCCACAAGCCAGAAUAGUCUGGAAGUUGGUCCCAGCUUGCGGGAAAGAGAGGCUCGUUUACGAGCAAUAACCCAAUCGCAUAGCCCUGCUGCAGCCAGUAAGCCUAUGGCAGGGAGAAAUGCACAGACAUCGCUGCCAACAAGAGGUCCAUCCGGAUCUCUAUCAGGGGUAGCGGCCAAGAAACAGACAUCCCAUCCGCUCAGUAACAGUGCGACUGGCUCUCAUCGGGGGUCUGCCGUAGAGGACAUGCCAGCGUCUCCGCCACAACCACCCCGUCCGGCAGUUGUCCGCAAACGUCCUGCCCCGAACCUCUUUAUCCAACCAAAGAAGAAGAAACUGAACUGA